UAUUUAACAUUUGAUUGAGAGGUCUGCACUACUAUGAGUCGCUACGAUCAAUCAAAAUAAAUUUAUAAACUAAAUGCCAAUUGAAAUAUCAUCAGGUGUAGAAUUUAGUUUAUGGAUAAAAUUCCUAAUUGUUGUUUACCGAUGUAAAUAUGUAUUAAUUAAAUAUUAUAAAUAUUAGUAAAAUUUACUUACUUAUUAUUAUAACCUAUCCUGAGGGAAGAAGUGAAUAAAUAUAAAAAUGCGUCCACAAAAAUUUACUCUUCCAAUUGACCCUAAAACAUUUGACCACACAAAUAAAAAGGUUGUUAUUGUAUCGGUAAUUGGAAAAUCCCGAUAUCAUAUGAAAGGAUGUAAAACCGAUAUGCUGAGUUCCAUCCUCCAAGUGGACCUUUUGGAUGAGCCAACUGUAGAUGAAAUGUCUAUGGUUGAAAUCGAAGGAUAUUAUAACGCUAAAGAGAAAACUGUGUAUCUACAUCUAAGGGGACUCCUGGAUUCUCAUACUCUUUUGUCUGAAUAUGACAGAUUUAUAGAAAAACAAGAUUGCAAAGACUUUCUCAGCGUAUGGGCACAUAUGAGAUUUAAAUAUGCUAGAGCUUUGUUGGUGUUAUUUCAUAUAUCUCAUGUAAUAAUACUUACUCAUCCAACACAUACAUUUGAUUAUAGUUAUAUACAUUUAUUUCGUGCCAUGGAUAUAAUACGUCAAAAAGUUUCUCCUCAGCUUUCUGAUGUAUUAAGUAGCUUAUCUACUAUACCGAAAGAUUGGAUAUCAAAUGCUAGACCUUGUUCACCAAGAGUAUUAUUUUAUUUUGAAAGUUGUCCUAUGGUAUUUCAAGAUCCAGAUAGCGGAGGAAAUAUUAAAAAGUUGGAACAUUCGUUGGAAGAUCAAAUUUAUCAAGUUUUAAGAAAAAAUCGAAUAGUUACAAAUAUAAGUUCAAACUCACUAUUUGCAAUCCCAGCAAAUCAAGAAUUUGUAUAUGUACAUAAUGGUGCUACAGAAUCUGGAAAUAUUUUGGGCUAUAUGAUGAAAAAAUUGAUUCAAAGUUGUAAAGUUAGUUCCGGUGGUAGUACGUCAAGAAGUCUUGCCAGUUUAGAUACUAAUCAUGAAACGGAUGAUGCUGAAAUUGAAACACAUUGUUUCAAAUCACUCCUGCAACAACAUAUAAAUCUUGCUUUCGGCAGAGGCUUUGAUGAUAAUGUCGGUAGACAUUCGGUACCUGCAUAUUUUGAGAUACCUACAUUAACGCAAUUCUGUAAUGUGAUAAACAAAAUUAGCGAAUACUUUAUAUACGGAACGGACAAAGAAUUGCUGUCUUUGCAUAGUUCAUUAGAUACCGAUGUUAAAUUCAGUAAAAGUAGAUGUAGCAAAGUACUCCCAAGAGCCUUACAAACUUAUCAAGAAAAUCUUCCACAACAUUAUACAAGAGCAUAUCAUGAAUCUAAAUUGGCACAUGCUAUGGGAGUUUUUGAAAUGCAUGCACGAGGUCCUUUAUUUGAAGAAUUCAGCGAAAAGUUACAAGCAGAAUGCGAUAAACAUUGGCGAGCCGGACGACAAAUGUGCGAAGUAUUAUCAUUAACUGGUAAUCCUUGUACAAAUCCUAUUCAUAAAGGAGGCAGCGAAGGUGCCGGAGGUGGCGAACACUUAGAACCAGGAGGCGACAAUAGUGACUCACCGAUCAUGGAACACUGUAGCGGAGUUCGGUAUAUCUGUGCUUGUAAUUGUGGAAGAUGUCAAGGGCCACGAGAGGACCCUUUUAGUUUAAGACAGGCUAAUUACGACUAUUUUCAAAUGUUAGCAAAGCAAUGUGGCUGUACGCAGUUAGAAAGUAUACAAUUUCCUAUUUUUCAGCCUAGUACUCAUAAUUUCAGAGCAGCACAAUUAUUUUCGGCAACAAAUCGUAAAGAUUCACUUAGUAGAAAUAAUUUAUCCACCCCUCUAGGUCAAACGCAACCUUCCAGUCUUGGGGUUGAAAAUAUUUUAAAUGAUGACAUUACAGCAUACGAAAAUGGUGUACCUUCUCCAAUGAAAAGUGAUCCUACGGAAGAAGAAGUUCCAAGAUUAAGUAACAAAACUAGUCUUACACCUAGCGAAGGUCACAAAGUCGUUAUAGAAGUUUCCGAUGAUGCAGAAAAUACCAAAGAAAAAGCUUUGGUGAGACAGCCAUCCACUACGGAAUAUCUACCAGGGAUGUUACAUAUAGAAUCACCAGCUGGAUUAUUACCGCAAUUUUCUAGUUGGUCUCUGGUUUGUCUUGGCCCAAGCAGUUUGUACUCGCAUAAUUUAGGUUUACAACAUCAAGCAGGUGUACUGGCAACUUCUGCAUUCCUUUUACCAUGGGAUGUAACAGUAAGAUUGGAGCAUCAAAAAGAAAGGGGAUCUUUAUGGCCUACUAUAAAUGAUCAUAAUGUUCAUGGAUAUUGCCCAAGAGGUAAAAAUUUUCAAAAUCUUAACACGAUCCGAGGUCGCAAAUCCAAAGGUGGAAAGGAAUUUGUUGUUAAGAUAUUUGUUGGAGUGGAAUACGAAUGUCCGAGAGGUCAUAGAUUUAUGGCAUCUGCACCUGACAAAGUUUUAAAGGCAACUGGCAAUGGAAUCGUAAAAGAUAGUGGAAAUAAAGUAACGUCAAGUACCACAGAUAUGCCUCUUUACUUUCCGUGCCCAUGCAGGCAAACGCAACCUUUAAUAGCUCAACUUAUGAGGAUUCACGUUGUGACUCCAAAAGCUCCAGUUCACGUUACGUUAAAUCCUCGAGUUCAACCAGGGCCUCCGCCGUGUCCCAUAUUUGUAACUGGUUGCGAAGAACCGAUCAAACUUUCACAAAGUGCCUACUGGGUUCUCAGAUUACCUUAUGUAUAUAUAGGCGAAAAGGGUCCAUAUUUACCACCAAAAGAACCAGUACCUCCUUCUCACGGACGAUUAUUGGCUGGCAUGUAUGGCAUUAGUGAAGUUGUGCCAGACAAAAAAUAAGAUUUUAUCACAAUCGUUAUAAAUUUGUAAACCUUUUUAAAGGUUUUCAUUAUCUUAUUAAAU